GUUUGAUGUAAAGUUGUGGCCUCGCGCGGCUGGAUUGUUAUCAGAAUGCGACCUCUGAUUUUACAAUACUUUACAAGGCGACUUAGUUACUGAAAAUGUAUCAAUUACUAGCGUUGUUGGUGUGCCUCUCGACGGCCCAAGCCGUACAAUUCCAGAUCAGGAACCACGAGAAGGGCCCGGUUUGGGUAGGAAUCCAAGGUAAUCCAGGUCAUCCUCAUUUAGAAAAUGGAGGUUUCGUUUUAAACGAAGGACAAGAGAAAACAGUUAAUGCGCCAGAAAAUUGGGCCGGUAGAUUCUGGGGCAGGACCUAUUGCAAUUCUCAAAGCAACCACUGCGGAACUGGAGAUUGCGGAAACAAACUCCAAUGCUCUGGAGCCGGUGGAGUUCCACCAGCUUCUCUAGCCGAAAUCACGCUGAAGGGAGACAAGGGAUUGGAUUUCUACGACAUUUCCUUCGUUGACGGAUUCAAUAUACCUAUUAGCUUCGGUCCGCAAGGAGGCGUCGGCGACGGCAGCAAAUACAGCUGUCAAGAGGCCCAAUGCAAGAAGUACUUGAACGACCAGUGUCCUAACGAGCUAAAAUUGAACGAAGACGGUAAAGUCAUCGGCUGCAAAUCGGCCUGUCUGGCCUUCAACACGGACGAAUACUGCUGCAGAGGAGCCCACGGCACCUCUGAAACCUGCAAAUCCUCCGACUGGCCUAAGGACUACCCCAAGUACUUCAAGACCCAAUGCCCUGACGCUUACAGCUACGCCUACGACGACCACAAGAGCACCUUCACUUGCAGAGCCGAGAAAUAUACCAUCACUUUCGGCGUAUAAAAAAUGCAAUAAACAGUACAAUUGUUAAGAUUAAUUUUAAGUUUUGCUUUGAAAUGUUAGGUACCUAUAUUUAUUAAAUAAAUAAGUGCAUCAACGGGAAAAGUAAUUUAACGAAUUCCAUCGUAUU